GACUGUAAUUACAGAUAACAGUCUUCCUUCAUUUCUCCUUUUUUUUCAAUCCCACCUCUCCCGUGACUUACUACUAAAUAUAAAUACUCUUUAGAUAUUUCAUUCAACUCAACUACACCACCUUUUCUCAAAGCAAACAAGUUUUGUGAAUUUGAAAUUGAUGAGGUGAAAGCAGAGGUGUUUAGACAAGAAUGUCGUCGUCUUGUUUGAGCAGAGCAUACAGAUUAGAGGCGCUGGACCUUGACAUUAUAAAAUCCCCUUCUUCAACUUGUUGGAUUUCCAGCUCUUCUUCGCCGUCAUCAACGCUAUCGGAGUCCAGCAACGCCAUCUCCACGAGGAAGCCGCGCACGCCGAGGAAGAGGCCGAACCAGACCUACAAUGAGGCGGCGGCAAUUCUGUCCACGGCGUACCCCAAGAUUUUCCCGGCUGCCAAGGCGGGGAACUCCCACGGCGGCGCAUUCAUGUUCGAGCCUUCGGAGCUGCUCAUGCCGCUCCGCCAAGUGGACACGUUGCGGAUGCUUCUCGACCUCGAUCUCGAGAAGCCGGUUGACAUCAAGGGGCUGAGGAAGGCGUGCUGGAGCACCCCCGAGAUAUCGAACUCGUCGCAGUGUGAAGACGAGGAGGAGGAGUUCGACGCGGAGUCGAUUUUGGAUGAGGAGAUUGGGGGUGGGAUUGAGAGCAUAAUGGGGAAUCUUGAAAUGGAGAAUAAGGAAAAUGAUGCUCCUGUGAAUAACACGUUUUGCUAUGGAUAUCCGGUGGGAUUGGGAUUGGAAUCGAGGGCGAUGAGGGGAGCUGAUGAGUGGUGGAAGUUCCCUUGUGUUAAUGUGUUUGAUGUGAAUCCGAAUGUUGUUGGUGGAAAGAAAAAGAAGAAAGUGGAAAUCAAGAAAGUGGAAGAAACAGAGGACUCUGUUUCCCCUGAGCCGAAUGCUGGGAUGCUCGGCCUCAAAUUGAACUAUGACUGCGUCGCGCACGCUUGGUCGGAUAAGCCUUGGCCAUUCCCCGAUGAGUCCCCGGAGUCCGACGUUCGGGCAAGAUUAGCACAGAUAGAGCUGUUUUCGGAGAAGGGGGGAGUGAGAGAGGCGAGCGUGCAGCGCUACAAGGAGAAAAGGCGGACGCGCCUCUUCUCGAAGAAAAUACGAUACCAAGUCCGCAAAGUCAAUGCCGAUCGUCGCCCUAGAAUGAAGGGACGCUUUGUUAGAACGCCCACUUCAUCUGAUGAUUAGACCUCUUUUUUCUUUCUUUUUUCUCUAAUAAUUAUUUACAGUGGAAUUGCAUAUAUGAGUUGCAAUGCCUAGUGAAGGAGUAGAUGAAAUUACUAGUCUUAGUUUUUCUGCUUUUUCUAAAAAUUUUGGCCCCCAACUUUAGUUUGUAUUCCCAUUUACUACCUUAAACAAGUGUUAUUCAACCAAGACAUAGAUUGCAUUUUUCACUUAUUUAUGGAGUAUAACAUUAUUCUCUUA